UUAAUCAGAGUAAUAAAGCAUAUAAUAAAAUCCUGCACAGUCAUAGAUAAGAACGAGCUAUCCAUUUAACGUUCUCUUUUGAGUUUUGUCACAGCAUUCUGAAUUGAAGCAAUUGGAAACCUCUUCUCAUUCAUAAUCUUUGUUUCUUCAUCACAUUCUAGGUAAAAUCAUUUUAUAUCAUUACUUGUGAUAUACUAAUCACUUGUAUUUGUUUAUCAGAAUUUUUGUGUGCAACUGUGGAAGCUAAUAUCAAAUUGGGUAUAAUUCAAACGCCCCGACAAAGCUUCUCCAAACCUUUAACUUGUAUUCGAAAUCACAACUAAAAGAGAUCAGAGAUAUCGCGUUAAGAACUACCAGAGAGAUAAAAAAAGAAGAGAAUCGCAUGGACGGAAAUUCAAAUGGAACUUCAAGUAGUAAAACUUCAUCAAAUAAGGGUCGUAAUGAGGGAAAUAGAUCUACCAACAAGAGAUUCGCCACGGUAGAUGAUGGGGAAGCCGAUUUGAUAGAGUGUUCUGGCAAGAACUGUAAAUCAUGCACAUCAGGAUUAGUAGCCGAUUGUAUUGCACUGUGUUGUUGUCCUUGUAUUGUGUUACAUUGUUUUGCGUUAGGCUUUAUAAAGGCACCUUGGAUUCUAGGAAGAAAAUGUUUGGGAUUAGGGAGCAAGAACAAGAAUAAGAAGAAAAGAUGUUGUCAUAAGAAGAAAUGCAAAAUGGCGAAUAAAGAUGUUGAUGAUGUUGUGACGGAAGGAAAAAAAGAAGAAGGUUUGGAUGUAGAGCAACAAACAUCGCCAAUGGAUAAUGUUCAUGUCAAUGUUGAAUUUGAAGCUGAAAAGGUUUGGCAUGAGUUGUAUCAAAUUGGUCAUUUAGGUUUUGGUAGAGUUUCUUUCUCAAAGGAUUAAUUUCAAUGUUUCUCUGAUUUUUUUUUUUUGCUUAUGUUAAAAUUGAUAUUGAGUUUGAUAGAAUCACAAUGAAGAAAUGUAAUUUUGA